AGAAGUAAAAACACAGUUAGCGAUUAAAAAGCCACACUAUCUUCUUCAAAGAGAAAAGACUCCGUUCUGCCACAGAAUAUGCACUGGCAAAAAUCAUCUGCUUCAGAGCAUCAGCAGCAGCCACGACCCUAUCAAGGUGUCCGUGUCAAAGAACCGGUGAAGGAGCUACUGAAGAGGAAACGUGGGAAUAUUCAUAGUGUUAAUGCAGCUGCAGCGACAACGGUGGUUUUGCCCCAUCAGCCACUUCCGUCCUAUUCACCAAUUGGUCAGCCUUGCAUUGAUAUGGAUGUUACUGCCUCUUCAUUGCCAGUUACUGAUGAAGGCGCAUUAUGUUCUGGUUGGCUCUCUCAGCCUUCUCCUGCUACCCUACAGCCCUUAACCCAGUGGACAACUUACCCAGAUUAUAUGUCACAUGAAGCAGUCAGCUGUCCAUAUACAGCAGACAUGUAUGUUCAGCCUAUGUGUCCCAGUUAUACACUUGUUGGACCCUCUUCAGUUCUGACUUAUGCAUCCCAGCCAUUGAUCACCAAUUUUGCGCCAAGAAGCACCACUCCAGCUGUUAUGCCGCAGCUGGAGGUGACAGACCAGCAAUCCCCUCUUACCUAUUUCCCAUGGGCUCAGCCCAUUUCUGCAUUACCAGCAUCUACCCUGCAGUAUCAGCCGGCUUCAUCCUCGCUUCCUGGGCCACAGUUUGUUCCACUUCCCAUUUCAAUUCCAGAGCCAGCCCCACAGGAACUUGAGGAUGCAAGAAGAGUGAUCAGCACUCUGCCCAUUGAAAAGCUACUUCUAGAAGACGAAGACAAUGAUACAAUUCUACAUAUUUAUGCAGCUAAAGGUAUGAGGGAAUACACCCUGGCCGCUGCAGAGCGUAUGAGAGAGCUGCGAAGACUAGAUGCCAAGGAGCACAGAGGAAAGACUCCCCUAUUGGUUGCUGUAGCUGCCAGACAACCAGCCAUAGUCUAUGAUUUGAUACUGACAGGGGCUGAUGUCAAUGCUGUGGACGAUAAAGGGCAAUCUGCUUUACACCUCGCGGCAACGUAUGGAUACGCACAAGUCAUUCAGGUUAUUAUGUCACUAGGUUUCCCGUACGAUUUAGAAAUGAAGGAUUUUGAAGGCCAUACCCCACUUCACUGUGCUGUUCUGUCCCAUAAUUCCCUGUUCCGAGAGCAGCAAUGUCACCUUACACUAACCGAGGAACAGAGAAAAGAACUUCAGUACCAGAGUGAGGAGGUGCUAUCAUGUAUCCACCUUCUGGUACAGAUGGGAGCCUCCAUCCACAGCCGAGAUGUUAAAAGCAGCAAGACAGUACUUCAUUACACGGUACAGGAUGGGAACAUCUCUCUGCUCAAGUACUUCUUAGAACUAAAUGCUUUCAUGUCUGAGGACUUUGUCAACAGUAAGGCUCAUGGUAACACAGCUUUGCACAUGGCAGCUGCUCUUUAUCAGGACAAAAAUCAGGAAGAAAUUAUCAAAUUGCUCCUGGACCAUGGGGCAGACCCAAGCAUCCGAAACUUAGACAACGACCAGGCAAUUCACAUGGCACAGUCAGGAAAGGCUGGCGAUCGGGUCAGGCAUUUGCUGAAGAAAGGGAGAGUCACGUCAGCAUUCGUUACCUGCCGUCGAAACGCCAAAUCCUAGAUCACCGACCAAUUCGGACAGGGUUUUGCCUUGGUUUUCUGACAAGGCACCUUCUUUUAGAAAAACUUGAAGUCUUUAAAUCGAGACCAAACGACUUUCUAAAAGAUGCGCUCUAGUUUUGCCAUAAGUUGUUGGGCUCAAUGACAAGGCUCACUGGCUGAAAUUCUGUGGCCUCUGUUGUGUAGGAGGUCAGAUUCUAACUGCCCUUUCUGCCCUUAAAAUCAAUGAAAAACCAAAGGCUUCAGUAAUGAACAGUAUGGUGCAAAUGUGCAGUAGUCACUAAGUUGAGCUCACCAUCGUACGAGUCACUUCCACAUUUAAACCAGUGUAAAUGGUGGAUUCUCUGUAACUUGAAGUCUUUAAGUCAUGAUUUGAGGACUUCAGUGACUCAGCCAGAGGUUAGGGGUCUAUUACAGGAGUGGGUGGGUGAGGUUCUGCAGCCUGCCAUGUGCAGGAGGUCAGAGUACGUGAUCAUAAUGGUCCCUUCUGGCCUUAAAGUCUAUGAGUCUAUGGCAUUGUCAUAGUUCACCCGUGUGACCAAGAGUGUGUCUGAACCGAAGACAUCUAAAGUGAAAAUUCCUCUUGUCCAUGAAGCUACUAUCAGUUCUAUUCCUCAGUAUUUUGCAUGAGAAUAUUGAAGUAGCCACACUUGAAAGCUUGGGUAUCAUGCUUCUGACUCUAAGGGGGAAAACAAAUGCUCACAAGGAUAAAAAUACAGACUAGAUCCUCAGGUGGUGUAGGUCAGCAUAACUCCACUGAAGUCAAUACAGCUGCACUAAUUUACACCAGCUGAGAAUCUAACCCACAUAUUCUAUUUAGCAUUCAGAAAACUUUAUUUAGCAACAGUUCCUGUAUAUAAAAAUAACAGACCUGGCUGAUCAUUUGAUUUCUUCUCUUAGGAUUAUCCUCCUACAGUAUGUGCAAUGACUAAUGGGAUUUUGAAGCUCUAAUCAUGCAGUUAAAAGAGUGCAGGAAAUCACUUUGUCCUACAGAAGAUAGGUAAUGAUUACUGGCGAGCAUGGUGAUGUUAUCUAAUCUGCUUAAUUAGUUUAGUUAGAUUAAUCACAAAGGCAAAAUCAUCAGCAUCAAUCCUAGACUAUCAGUCAUGUGCCCCAAUUGAUGCUAAAAGUAACCCAGAAAAUCAAAAGUUCUGAAGAAGAAAGGCCUGUUGGAUUUUGUUUUCAGGCAUCGAUUUCGUUUAAAAUGCAUUAAAAUUAUUCUUUACAAAACAAAUUACUUAAACCGAGGAAAUUAUCCAGAAUAGUGCCCAACAUCCAUAAUGCUCAUUCGAUAUUUCCUGUCAGAAUAAUCUAUACAACACUGUCAAUCAUAGCAGGAAUUAUGGUCCUGAAAGCAUUAAAAUACAAGAAGCUAGAUUAAUCUCAGCUGCAGCCAAGGAGCACAGGGCACAGGUCCUGUCGGAGGGUGAAAAGGUGGUAUGAACUCAUCCCUGUACUCUCUCAAACCCACAGCUCACUCUGUAUUAUUCCAGUCCCGUGAUGUAAUUUAGAGCAGUCUGAGGGUUGCCAAUGGUCCCAAAGGGCCAACAUGGCAUUGGGAAAUCAACAGAAUGUAGGGAAGCCCCAGUCUGCCCAUUCACUAUGGGCUUCCACUGUGGGCACUGUGGAAUUCAUUGCAGGAAUGAAGCCCAAAGCAUGAAUGGAGAGUAACAUUCUUAGUGGAAUGUGCAUAAUAGUAGAUUCUUUCUAUGAAAAGAUUUGUGAGUUGCUAUGCAAUCGUAGACUGAAAAUAAUGUCUCUCGUGAGUCGAUAGAAAUGAGGGGGAGUAAAGGUGACAUUCUGACAGUUAGUAUCACAGAUGGUAAUUUUCAUUAAUUAUAUUUAAUAAGUUGACUAGAAAGCAUCUUGAUUGUACCUCACUAUCUUCUCAUUGUAGCACAAAUGAAUUUUUAACAAGCGUAAACAGAAAGGUAAAGGAUAAUUUUAUUUUCAUUUUUUUAAUUUUCCUUUUUUUGCAGCAUCUAUGUGACUUAGGAGUUUAAGUCCAAGCAGCUUAGCUAUUGGAGCAUGUGUCUCUGAACGUGACUCUUUCAGCCGUCGCUUUUUGAACAUUAGCGCUCAGUGUGUCCCUCUUGAAUGAUGCUGUUAUAUUGAGAAUCACUACUGAUUUGCACUGGGACUUAGGCUCAUAAGUUACUUACGAGUUUUGAAAAAGAACAUUUAGCCAAAUGUUUAGCAGGUUUAGACUAAAGCUCUUCAGAAACUCUGCUAUAGGUAUUGUAAUUACAGAUUGCUGUAACUCUUAGCCUUCUUCAAACCUUUCCCUCCCUCCCUCUUGGUUACCUACUUUCACUUGCAUCACGUCUACAUACCUGCCAACAUUCUCUGACCAAAAAAAAAGUUGCUUGUAUAUUUGCAUAUAUUUACAUACAUUCAGGCACAAAUCAGCCAAAGCACAUGCCUUCUCAUUUUGAAGCUAUGCUGUAAGACACUCCAGCGUGGGAAUGAAUGCAUGCAUGUGUGAAUGUUCAAUAGGUGACACAUGUGUAAAUGCAAAUAAAUAAAUAAAUGCCGUUGUUUAACUUGCUACCAUCAGACACCUGUGUGAAUAACACUGGGCAUUUAAUACACUUUAAUGCAGCCACUCAUGCAGGUUUUUAUGUGGAA